AUGUUCUCUUUAGAAAUAGGAUUUGGUCAACGUCGUUGGAGCACCGAUGGAACGGAUGCAACGAAUGGAACCGAUGCAACGAAUGGAACGAACGUCGGAGCAACGAAAGCAACGUCGUAUGGUUAUCGAAGUGCACUCAAGUUAACGGCCACCACAUCUAUCAACAAUGAGCUCAAUUUCUAUGCUCACCACCAAAAAUGGGACUUCGACGAUGUGACGAUUCCGCGUUUUUACUGUGGACGCAAAGCCGGUGAUGGGGUGGCGGCUGGCUACAUAGCUCUUGAGUGGGUGGAUCAAAUCGAGGCUCAGUACCUAUACGAUUCCCCUGGAGAGCCCGGGUUUUUGGAUAUCGUGAGAAUUGCGGCAAAUUUUCAUGCAAAAGCAAUUAAAAACCCGACACUUCUCGGCGAUAUUCCUGAAAAUGUGCCGAGAAAGCUGAACGCUCAAUUCAUCAAGGCUGGAGCUGUUUGCUCAAAUUUGGACAAGAUUAUUGAAAAGGAGCCGGCUAGGGCUGAGCAAAUUGAGGUGUUGAAGAAAUUCACUGAUCUUUAUGAUAAAAAGGACAAAAUUCUCGAGUUGAAAAGGGAAACUUGUCCAAUCGAGGUGUUAUGCCAUGGAGAUCUGACACAAGCGAACGUGUUAUGGGAACGAGUUGACGAGCAGCUUCGUUUAAAAGCACUUCACGAUUGGCAGAUGAACCAUCCUGGAAACCCGAUGACCGAUCUCUCGCGUCUCUUUGCUUUGUGCAUUGCACCUGGGGUCUCGAACAACAAAAGAAACGAAUAUUUGGAGAUCUACUUUGACGAGCUGAAGCAACAAGCCUCGCCUGCACAAAUCCCAUGGGAAACGUCGGAAAAGUUAAUCGAAUCGUUUGAGCGAAUUUUCCCCAUCGAAACGGUUUCCGUUUGCGGCUUAUUGGUGCCAUUCAUUCCAUUGAUGUUGAGGACGUGUUCGGAAGAUGAAAAAGUGGAAAAAGAGGCGCGAAUCAUGGAAAAAGUCUACAAAGCGCUCGAUCUUUGUGAAGAAUAUAUCAAGAAAUGGCACCAA